AUGGCUGCAGCUCAGCAGUCUGCUGCUUCUGCCUCGCUGCCCGGCGCCUCUUCCGUCUCGCCCUUCAUAUCCGUGUCCCUGGGAGAGAGCUUGUCAGCCGCUGCUGCGUCUCUUUCGGCUUCUCCAGAAAUGACCCCGCGCACUCUGCCAUCGGUCCCCCCGCCGGUCGACGCAAUGCCUGGCAUCGUGGGCCGCCUACUCGUCUUUAUUUUUCAUACUGUCCCUAGUCUGCUGUUCUGGGUGAUUGGCUUUGCGACUAUCACGGUGCCGACCUGGCUCUUUACGCUCUUUUCAAUGAGCCUAACCUUCACCAUGAACUUCACGACCAUAUUGUUGAUUUUUGGUCUCAUCCUGUCUACCAUCAUAUGGUUCAUCCGAUACCGCUAUCUCAACAUGUAUAGCCGUCUCCCCCCAGAGCCGCAACGCAAAGAGCCGCAGAUCGACCUCUUCCCGGACAGCCAGGAAGGCGACUCGAAGCCAGGCUUGGCUAACUAUUUGGACGAGUUUUUGAGCGCCAUCAAGGUCUUUGGAUACUUGGAGCGGCCCGUGUUCCACGAAUUGACGCGAACAAUGCAGACGCGGAAGCUAAUGGCCGGGGAAACACUGCAGUUGGAGGAAGAGAAAGGCUUUUGUUUGGUGGUUGAUGGGCUGGUUCAGAUAUUCGUCAAGUCGACCCGUGAGAAUGGCCUCAACCGGCAAACUCCUUCAUCCGCAGUGGAGGACAGCGAUGACGAAGAAGAAGAGUCACAUCGCAUGGCCGGCAACCAGGGAUAUCAGCUGCUUACCGAAGUCAAGAACGGAGCGUCCAUGUCGUCUCUCUUCUCAAUUCUCACUCUUUUCACCGAAGAUAUACAUUUACACCAUGGUAGUGGUGACAACUCUGACAGCAACCCCGAUGGUCCUGCGAUUCCGGAGUCAAUGCCUUCAAGCCCGCACGCAUUCACACACACCUCCCGACCUGCCUCGCGCGAUACAGCAGAUGGACUUGGCGUCGAUCCACUGUCCACUGUUCCCCCGUUUAAUCUAGAGGAUGCCCAUUCCGCCACCGCAGAUAAUUCGCCAAAGGGACAACCCCCGCGGCAGAGUCGACGUAAGCAAGCCAAAUCCGUCCACCCAGACAUCGUUGCUCGGGCCAUGGUAGAUACAACUAUUGCAAUUAUCCCGGCGAGCGCCUUUCGACGUCUAACAAGAAUGUAUCCUCGAGCUACCGCGCAUAUCGUGCAGGUUAUCCUUACGCGUUUACAGAGGGUCACCUUUUCUACCGCUCAUUCCUAUCUUGGACUCAAUACAGAAGUUCUUAGUAUUGAGAAACUGUUGAAUAAAUUCACUGCAUAUGAUCUGCCAAAUGAGUUACGAGGCAGCGCGCUAGAACGGCUGAAAGACAAAUUCCGGCAGGAGAGAGAACGUCUAGGCCCAGAUGACGACUCGAAAGGGAUCGCUUUGCAUAACCCUGUCGCAAAUCGCAGGCGACGCUCAAGCAGCACUUUGAGAAAGGAUGCUGCUCUUCAAGCCAAACUAGUUUCCUCGAGACGUCACUUAUCCAUGCCUACCGACCGUUCCGUAUUAAGCCAACCGCAAGCUAACGGCAUUAGCCCCGGCGAUUUGCUAUCUACGAUUCAGCUCAGCCGUUAUGGCCACCGCCCAGUUCAAAGCACUAAAGUACCAAUGACUCCUACUCUAGAAGUCGAAAGUCCCUUGUCCCAAAGGGAAGAACCGCCAUUCCAGCCACCGCCAAUCCAGACCCACCGCUCUUCUUUUGCUCGAGAUGACAACAUGGAUGAAGAUAACUUGUUCAGAGAGUCAGUUCUCGAAUGCAUGAUGAAAGGGAUAGGCCUUACUGCCAGCACUCGAGAAGCCCUGCGCAAGUCUUACGGAGACCAUUCUCCGAGACUCGUUUCGUAUGACUCACGCCGGCAAAAGGCGGUAUUUAAUAAUGCAUUUGGAUUUAUUGACCCGUACGAUGAUGCUGAUACUGAAUCUACGAUGUCCAUGUCAGCUACCAGUGCCGGAGGAACUUCGCCGAUUCACAAUCUUAGACAAGAAUUAGGCAGCGAUAUUGAGAUUGUGCUGUUUCCCCAAGGUUCUGUUCUGGUCGAACAAGGCGAACGGCACCCUGGCUUGUAUUAUGUCAUAGACGGCUUCUUAGACGUUGGCGUGCCAGUGAAUGAUCGUGGCGACGAUGUUCUUAAAGGCCCACAGCAAUCGGACGAAUUCUUCCCAGGCCUGCAGAAAACGACGACUGGGUCGUCUCUUGCCUCUGUUUCUGACCCCAAACGGAAACGGUCGUCAAGGAGAUCUCUCUAUUUGGUAAAACCGGGCGGCAUGCAAGGUUAUGUGGGCUCUGUAGCAUCGUAUCGCUCUUUCACCGACGUUAUUGCCAAGACAGAUGUCUAUGUCGGAUUUCUUCCUCGUGCCACUCUGGAGCGCAUUGCGGAGAAAUCGCCUAUUGUCUUAUUGACACUGGCCAAGAGACUAACCAGUGUAUUGCCGCGCCUCAUUUUACAUAUUGACUUUGCUCUGGAAUGGGUACAAGUCACUGCCGGCCAGGUAAUUCAUCAUCAAGGUGACGAGAGCGAUUCUAUUUACAUUGUGCUCAACGGACGUCUUCGGUCUGUGCUCGAGAAACCUGACGGAAAGAUCCAAGUUCUGGACGAGUAUGGCCAAGGUGAGAGCGUUGGAGAGCUGGAAGUCAUGACUGAGUCGGCUCGACCAGGCACGCUGCAUGCAAUCCGCGAUACUGAACUAGCCAAGUUCCCUCGCUCGCUUUUUAAUAGUCUUGCGCAAGAACAUCCGGCCAUCACUAUCCAGAUAUCAAAGCUUAUCGCUAAACGCAUGAGGGAUUUGGUAUAUAAUCCUUUGACCGAAAAGUCUAGCUCCCCCAGCAACAUUGCCACUGCCAAAACUGCGACCUCGACAAUCAACAUGCGUACUGUCGCCAUAUUGCCGGUGACUGCUGGCGUACCUGUGAUUGAAUUUGGCAAUCGGUUACUCGCUGCUUUCAAUCAAGUGGGUGUGACGAAUGGGGUGACUUCACUCAACCAAGCAGCUAUCCUAAAUCAUCUCGGGAGACACGCUUUUAGCAAGAUGGGCAAACUCAAGCUGUCACAAUACUUGGCCGACCUUGAAGAAAAGUACGGGAUGGUGGUCUACAUUGCAGACACAAACGUCAAUUCGCCGUGGACACAAACCUGCAUCACCCAGGCUGACUGUAUCCUGCUGGUGGGAUUGGCGGAAGGGUCGCCUAAUAUCGGCGAAUAUGAACGUUUCCUCCUCGGCAUGAAGACGACUGCACGCAAGGAACUCGUUCUUCUUCAUGCCGAGCGGUAUUGUCUCCCAGGUCUGACGCGGCGAUGGCUAAAAAACCGCAUGUGGAUCAACGGCGGGCAUCACCACGUUCAAAUGUCAUAUCGUCUAACCACCGAGCCUGCGCAUCCUCAGGCGAAGCGUUUUGGAACAGCAUUGAAACAACGAGUGCAAGUCAUUCAAGCCGAGAUUCAAAAAUACACGUCGCGUCGCAUUCACCAAACCCCAUUGUAUUCCCAACAGACGCCAUUCAAAGGAGAUUUCCAUCGACUAGCUCGUCGACUCUGCGGAAAGUCUGUUGGUCUAGUUUUGGGUGGAGGAGGAGCUCGCGGUAUUGCUCAGGUCGGUGUGAUCAAAGCGAUUGAAGAGGCUGGUAUUCCCAUCGAUAUCAUCGGUGGCACCUCGAUCGGAUCUUUCAUCGGUGCGUUAUACGCCCGUGAUGCCGACGUUGUUCCCAUGUAUGGUCGCGUAAAGAAGUUUGCCGGCCGAAUGGGCAGCAUCUGGCGAUUUGCACUGGAUUUAACGUACCCGGCUGUGUCUUACACAACUGGACAUGAAUUCAACCGCGGUAUCUUCAAAGCGUUUGGUGACAGUCAAAUCGAAGAUUUCUGGCUUGAAUUCUACUGCAACACCACUAACAUCAGCAAAUCCCGCAACGAGUUUCAUUCUUCAGGCUACGUGUGGCGAUAUGUCCGUGCGUCGAUGUCUCUGGCUGGCUUACUUCCACCGCUAUGCGACGAAGGAAGUUUGCUUCUCGACGGAGGCUAUGUGGAUAACCUAACGGUUGCACAUAUGAAGAGCCUCGGCGCCGACAUCAUCCUGGCCGUGGACGUUGGCUCUCUCGACGACAACACACCUCAAGACUAUGGUGACACGCUAUCUGGAUUCUGGACGUUUGUCAACCGAUGGAACCCAUUCUCCGCGACACCCAACCCUAUUACCCUCAGCGAGAUCCAAGCGCGCCUCGCCUAUGUUUCCUCGGUCGACAGUCUAGAACGCGCCAAGAUCAUGCCAGGGUGCCUAUAUAUGCGCCCUCCAAUCGACCCGUAUGGAACACUUGACUUUGGCAAGUUUGACGAAAUCUACGAGGUUGGGUAUGCCUAUGGCCAGAAAUUUCUAGACAAAUUGAAACGUGAAGGUGCACUACCUGUGGCCGAGGAGUCCACAGAGGAGAAGAAGUUGAGACGAACAAUGGCGCCUAGAAGAGCUAGUAUUUGA